AUGAGCUUUGACUCCAAACCGGGGUGUAACGAGUUGGAAGGGGAAUUGCACGACAGUCCCAUAGACCCACAGGAUAGUAGCGGCGCUUGUGUUUCUCUGCAUGAACGUCAAAUUCAGCAUUGGUCACCGUUGGAAACACCUUCCUCGCCGUCAGAUCACUUGGAAGGUGCCGAAAGCGUACGUGCGCACGGCGAUUUGUUCUUUCCGCUUGACGAGUAUUUGUCGUCAGAGGUGGUACUCGUUCCAUCACGUCAUGUGUCCCAGUGUGGGAGCAGUAGCGCUGACGUGGUAGCGUCGGCGGCCGCGUGCGUGUCAGUAGUGCAUGAGGAUUUUUCAGAAAGCACUGAACACAUAAAUAUUGCACAAACGGAUAACGCAUGCGAAAAUAGUUCUGGUAGUGACGUUUGCACACAGCUGAAAGAUGAAGAGAUGGCGCAGGCUAACUCUCCACCGCAGCUUUGUGCUACUGUUUUGCCUGUAGCGUGUGUACUCGACGAAAUCAGCGCCGAUUCCCCGUGCACGUUGAACUCUGUUCCAAUCACGCGAGGGGGUUUUAUCGAGGAUAAUACAACAGCAGGUGUGGGUACCGGCGUCAGUGAAGAUACUGAAAGUAGCAACACUGUUGAGCGCCGUGACCUUGACCAUGGAAUUGAGGAGCCCACGGCGAAAAGUGCGAAAAGAAGUGUGGGACCAGCAAAAGAUUCUGAAUCCUCUCUUAAUGGGAUUAGACCACCCCGUAAGGUGGCGAGGGGGAGGGCGGCAGAAACAACAAAAACUCAGCAGGUGCCACAGCGUGCUAGAACGGCGGCGCCACCCACUUCUUCCACUUUACCACACGAGCGUAUUCUGGAUGAUCCGCAACAUGGAAGGUGGCCCUCGGCAAGUGGUAUUAGCAGUAUUGAUCACGCUGUAACUUCUGAAACUUCCUGUCGAACGAAUAAGGGGAAGUCGAAUGACGGUUCUCGGAAACAGUCGUCACGGGUUGGACCAAAGUCCAAUAACAACAACAACGGUAGCGCAUCGGAACUGGGUAAAGGUUCAAAUAGUCUUGACGGAGGGGUUUCGGGUGAUAAAUCAGGCCCGGCGCGGCCCGCUACUCCGCAUCGAUCCCGACGUCAUAAGGCACGACAACAACAGCAAGUUGAGGAGACCUUUGGCCCUUUCGGGUUUCCAUUCCAAAGAAAUAUGAUGCUUGAUUCUAUGCCCGAUGGCGCGCAGCGUGUAGCCGAGCAUACUGCUAUGAUGUUGGCCCAGAAGCAGCAGUUACUAUACCCAGUUCCGCUACAAGGUGAUGCAUCCAAAAUGAUAGAUGUUUCGGGUGGCACCCCACAUUGGUCGAUGUUACCUUCGUACUACUUCGUUUCCUCUCUGCAAAUAUACGUAGACACAUGCUUGGGUCUCCGUGGGGGUGAUCGUCAGGAGCGACAUGAAUUCGUUUCUCGCAUACAGCGCAUCACUACCAAAGUUCUAGGACCACGAGCGCGCCUGCGGAUGCACGGUUCGAUUACGACUGACCUCGCGCUCGCUUCGAGUGACAUUGAUAUUCUCGUUGUAGACUACGAGCCUCUAGCCCCUUUACAAGCGAUUCAACAGUUAUCUAAGGCUAUUCAGAGUAUUAGCGGAGAAGAGUUGGAGGGGUUGAGUUUGGAACCAGCAGAGGGUUGCUCACUCGAGACGGAGGUCAUGCACCAGCCUGGUAAUAACAGUAGCUUGAGGGAAAGUACGGGAGUAGUAUCGGUUGACAACAACGUGGUGGAUACUACUGGUUCGGGGGUCGAGGAAAACUUGUUAGCAAUGGCGGUGGAGCCGCCGGAAUCCGAUUGUAUUUUGCGCGUAGAGGAGGAGGAGGCGGAAUACCGACUGCAAAUUGAGCGCGACUACGCUCUCAGCACACGGGUGGGUCCCAACGCGGCCGCAGUAGCUUUACACAGCUGUAUACCGUCAUUUACAUCUGCACCGCUGCCUCCGUUACCACCACUAGGGCGUCGUCGCUUGUAUGUUCCCACAGUUGAUGGUCCUCUUUAUCAGGUGCAAACUAUCAUUUCCACACGGGUACCGGUUAUUAAAGUUACAGAGAAAAUGACAGGGCUUCGGUGCGACAUAUCGUUUGCUGGUGGCGAGCACUGGAGAUCGAUGCAGUUAACUAACCGUUUGCUGAAACGCUACCCGACAUCGCGAGGACUUAUCCUGUUUCUUAAGCAUUGUGUACGACAGAUGGGGAUAGGUGAUUCCCAACCCGGGGACAUGACUUCAUUCGCCAUUUAUCUCUUAGUACAUCAUUUCUUUAACGAGAUAUCGAAGCAUCUUGAGGAGACGCUGAGAGAGCAGAUCCGUCGCCAACAGCAGGUGGGGGAUGGGGCACAGCCGUGUGUUCAAAACCCUUGUGAGCUGGAUCCUAGGAACCCCACUGGAGGGAGGAGUUCACCCUGCGUCCCAUCACUACGUGUUCAGGUUUCUCCCAGUGCCCACCACGGAUCCGGUACAACAUCUCCAGCCGACCAAAAACCAUCCUCUCCGGACGAUAGGUUUCCUGUGGUGACGGGUAUGUUAUUAGGGCAAUUUCUCAGUCGACAACAACAACACAGCAACCAGCAAGGCGGCAACAGUCGACUGAGUACUGAGGGUAUACUUAAGUCAUUCAUUCUCUCAAUGGAAAGUGAGGAGGUACGCGGUGGUGCUAGGGGUGUUGAUGAAGCGCAACUUCCCACCAAAAGUGGUUCCCCUCCCAACCAGGUUGCUGAAGCGCUUGAUGAGUGGCAGCAACAACAGCAACAACACACAGAUGUUACGGAGGCUCCUGUGGUCACGGUGCCUGGUAGCGUUGUUUCCCAGUCUCUUGAUGAAAGUGCGGUGGAUACUGCUGCAGUAGAUGAUUUCGAUGGUAGAGAUAUUGUUUGCUGCGAUGACGUGGUUGAUGAAAGUGCUGCAGGCGGUCCCACUUGUCCUAACCCGAUGGUGGAGUGUGGCUCCUUCAGUGCUUCCGGUGCAGUGGAGGAUGGGGAUGUAAAUGCGAAGCACCCAUCGGAAGAGGUAGAGGAUGGUGAAUCUGUCGGUGAGGGGGAAAGGAAUGCGGAAACACCUGACGAGGAUGCUGAAAGGAAAGUGGGGACAGAAUCACAAGCCGAGUCAGUUGAAGAAGAUGAUUUAGUUCGCUGUACAGUGCACCGACUGCUGACGACGUCACCGCUUGGACACUUGUUCAACGACUUUUGCUACUACUAUGGGUUCGUUUUUAACUAUGAUACUCAGGGACUGCGGUUCGGGCCAGACGGUAGUUCUUUAGUUGUUCCAAAACCGCAGCAGUGUCAGCAGCGCGGCCAACACCUUUACAUGACGUCACCGUUUGAUGUACAGUACGACAUUACUGCCCACAUGAUGCACACACGCGCAUUUCAGGAGCUGUGCUGUAUGUUUGUUCCACUUACAAAUCCCCUACCUCUUCUGACCGGUGAUGGAAGUAAUGUUUGCACGCUUCGCCAGGUGUUAGAGUGGAUUUCGCCCGACACGGCCCACAAGGAGCUGAUAGAGGUUCACAAUGCUGUCCAAAUGCAGCAACUACAUCAUGGUGAGGUUCAGCAAGUGCCACAGGUGAACCCGCAGCUAGCACUGGAAAACGAUAGGUGCACACUCUUUCCUUCAUCACGGGGGCGCUUGUCUUCUGGGAUCGAAGAACGUUCGACUUCUCCUUCUCAGCUCAAUUUCCCUGAUGAUGGAAAUGAGUUGUCCUCUGGUGGGCGCUCCCUUCGACCACGUGACCAAUCACACGGGCGUAAAGGAGGCAAAAACGCCAACGCUUCCUCUGGGUUGCGUGAUGUAAAUGAUGGGUCGGCGGGAAGCACAGGAAGUUCGAGGGGGGGGAAGGGUCUGCCAGCGAACGGCACUUAUGUUAGUGAUGCAACAAAGGGACGUUCAGGACAGCCUGUGGGAUGGCGCCAGGGCAAGCGGUCUGAAGGUGAUUCGGAGGACGUGGGGGCGGAGACGAGAACUGCCGCCGUGUCGGCCACCUCUCCCGCGUCCGAAGUGUCGUCUGCUAUGGACGCGGAAGUGAGUGUUGUGUCACCCUCUCCAUUCCCAAAUGCGCCGUUGGCCUCAGGUUCCAAGAUGGUGAAAGGUGCUCCAGCGAUGGGUGACGUAAAUGCGGGAAAUUGUGACCCCACUUACGUGCCAACCAACCCCACGCAUGCGAACGUGCUGCCGGGUCAGCAACCGAUGAACUUUGUUGCAGAUCCGUCAUUGUCGAUGUUUAUGUUUCCUCCUGGUGGCGUCAACUCCCCAUACCCAGGAAUGCCACAGUAUUAUCACCCCAUGCCGUACACCACUGAGGCGCAGCUUCACUUCCGUCCUGACGCCUAUCAGCAACACCCUAUGGCGCCGUUUGUAUAUCAGGGGUAUGACAUGAAUCAGAUGUUCCCGCAUCGAGUAAUGGGUGACACAACAAACGAUAGCGUCGUCAACGCGACCAGUACUGUGGUAACGGGGAAGCGACAAAGCAGCGCUUAUGGUUCAUCGACGCACAGUAACACGCAAUCAAGUGCGCGCUCCGGUGUCUCUGGUAACUUCUUGUCCCGUGGUCGUGGGAGAAGCUCUCAUCGUGGAAGCGGUAGUAAUAACAAUGGCGGGGAGAAAGCGAGUCAAUACAAAGCGGGGCAUAGCGAUGCUUUGGAGGAACAGGCGCCUACACCUGUGGUAUCUUCACCUAGUCUGACAGCGGAACCUCUAGGGACUGCAACGUUUGGUGGCCUUACAAGCAGCGGAAUUAAUAGGGAUUCAAUGACCACCAUUGCAGUAGGAACUGUUCCGGGGAAAGAGCAUCAACAGCAGCCCUUGCAGUCGUAUGUCGGUGACCCAAAGGAAUGGUUGAAGCCGGAGACACCCACUCAAGGGAUUGAGUUUCAUCAUUAUUCACAUCAAACACAUCGCCAGGCAUCAUAUCCCCAUCAUCAACAAAGUUCUGCGCCUCAGCAUUACCAUCACCAUAUUCAGAGCAGCCCUAAGAUGCGAAGCAACACUCAGCAGCAAGCACAAGGCCACUGGAGACAUCAACGGUGUACGAUGAUGAUGGUACCAUCUCCCAUGUAUUCUAUAAUGAGUGGAAUGGAAGGAACCGCAACCACUUCCCUAUGCUCCCCUGCACAGGCUGGGUCCCCCUUUCAGAAGCAGGCUGCGGGCGGUGGUUCAGUGUUUUCGUCUGCGUCUCAGGGGGCAACAAGCCCGUCUGGUUUUUCAAUGAGCAGUGCUCUGGGAAUGCCUGACUGUGGCAAAGUAGGCAACGUGGUUACCGAUAACCAUCAGCAGCAUUCAUACCAUCAUCAUCAUCACCACUUUAUUCACCAUAACGUACACAUCCAGCAGCGGUGGCCGCAGCCUUUGGGGCAGCAGCAGAGAGCUGAAGGUACCACUACUAAUACUAAUACCGCCGCUGCUACUGUUACUUCUGUUGGAUCCGGUAAUGGUGGAAAAGGUGCGGGGGGGGCUCCGCGUCCCGUGGCAACACAAAGUUUGGAUGGAAGGCCGGAGGAAAUUUCCCUAGAAAAAAUUCAUCAACAAGGGGCUGGGGAUACGAACAGCAUGUAG